AUGUUCAGCGGGAGUUGGGAGUACACCCCACACAAACUACAACCACAAACACCCACCACCAAACAAACCACCCACCCACAAAUACCCACACAGCCACAGCCCCAACAAAAUGGCGUGCCACCACAUGCCAAACAACCCACAAACCCCACAGUACAACACACCAAAAUACCACACCACAACCACCCCCCAACAACCACAACACACCAACACCCCCACCCACACACCCACAACAAACACACCACAACAAACCAACAACGACAAAACACACAACGCACACCCCCAAACCAAUUUAAACCCACACCUAGAAACAACAACAAACAACCCAACACAACAACAAGCAAACCUUGCACCAACCUAACCAACCGCUACAACCACCCCACACACAACACACCAAACCACACCAAACACCACCCCACCACCAACCCCCAAACCACACAACAAAAAAACAACACAACCCUAAACCCCCACCAACCCCCACCCCAACAACAUACCCCAACCCCCCGGGGGGACACAAACCCCACCAAAUACACAUACACCAAACAAAGAUUAAACAACCACCAACAAACACACCCCCACCAACCCCAAACACACAUGGCGUACAUUUUGUGUUUGAAGAGCCUUCUUCAUGGACAAAACUGA